AUGUUAUGUGCUGACGCGUACGUGCAGGUCCGGGUCACGCGCGUCAUAUUGGAAGUCGGCUCGCAGGGUAUCUUGGGCGGUCAAGUCGUUGUAACGGACGUCGAGGGCGAACUACAGUUGACCAGGGACGUCAAUAGGAUAUGUUCGUCCUUGACCGACCAAGUGCGCUCGAUCGCGGGCGUUCCGACUGCCGUCGCGCGCGGCGACUUGACGCAGAAGGUCGAUAUCCAGGUCGAGGGCGAGCUGGCGACGCUCAAGACGACAGUGAACUCCGUGGUGGACCAGUUCAUACUGGUCAACGUGCGGGUCACCCGUGUGGCAUUGGAAGUCGGCACGCAGGGUAUACUCGGCGGUCAGGCGCGUGUCGAGGACGUGCAGGGCACCUGGGCCGAUUUGACGCGUAAUGUCAACAAAAUGGCCUCGAACUUGUCCCACUCAGUGCGCUCGAUCUCCGAAGUCACGAAGGCCGUCGCAAUGGGCGAUCUCGGGCGGCUGGUCGGGACAGAGGGUAUAUUGGGCGGUCAGGCGUACGUCGCUGACGUCCAGGGCAUGUGGAAGGUGCUAGCGGGCAACGCGAUCCUGAUGGCCACGAACUUGACGGACUAA